GGCUGUUCCCAUCCAACGACCCGAAGACUCGUCGCUGUCAAAGGAACCGUUUCCCAUCGCCCAUUUGACUCGACACCCGAUCUUUUACAAUGUCUUCCGGAAAGGUCAAGGCAGGCCAAUUAUGGUCUAAGAGCAAGGACGAGCUCACCAAGCAGCUUGGCGAGCUCAAGACUGAGCUGGGCCAGCUGAGGAUUCAGAAGAUCGUCUCCUCGGGCACCAAGCUCACCAAGAUCCACGAUCUCCGCAAGUCGAUCGCCCGUGUCCUGACCGUCAUCAACGCGAAGCAAAGGGCUCAGCUCCGCCUGUUCUACAAGAACAAGAAAUACCUUCCUCUCGAUCUCCGAGCCAAGCAGACUCGUGCCAUCCGCCGCCGCCUGUCCAAGGAGGACGCGUCAAGAGUGCUGGAGAAAACCAAGAAGCGCCAAACGCACUUCCCGCAGCGGAAAUUUGCCGUCAAGGUAUGAAGCGCCUGAAGGAUGGGAACAAGCGAUGGGGUGGGCCAUCUGCCGUGCUUGACGGAAUGGGCAAUGCUGACUGGGCGUUCAGGCUGCAUAGAGGAGUUCUCCGGGUAAUGGGAUGGGUGUAACUAGGGCACUGGCGGCGCGGUUAUAAAAAGGUUUCGCACUCAACACAACACACUGCAUCAUCCCAUGGGAUUCUGCUUCCAAGUCU